GCGUCAAUUGUUCAGGCUUUGUUUUAUUUUCCAAUUGAAAGCAGCUCCUGCAGCAUGUCUUUGCGUAGAAUCUUUCCGAGCAUGUACACGCUGCCGGACACGGCGCCAGCUCAGUCGAGGAAUGCCACGCUCUAUUUGCUGCGCUGCGUUUUUCUAAUGGGCAUAAGGACGCCGCCUAAAGGAUGCCUUUUUUUCGUCUACAUUCUGUGGUCCUUGGCGCUUAAUCUGUGCUCCACUUUCUAUCAGCCCAUCGGCUUCAUGACGGGCUACAUCUCCCAUCUCGCGGAGCUAUCGCCGAGUGAGUUUCUCGCCUCGCUGCAGGUGGCCUUCAAUGUCUGUUCCUGUUCCAUUAAGGUGAUGAUUAUGUGGAUGCUGGUCAAGCGCUUCGAUCAGGCCAAUCUCAUCUUGGAUGAGAUGGACAGACGACUGUUGCAUCCCUGCGAGCGCAGCAAUGUGCAUCGCGCGGUCUCUAUCAGCAAUCGCAUCUUCUUCUCCUAUAUAUCCGUCUACUUCAUUACUGUGACGAGUACUUUUCUGAGCUCUGUCAUCGUCGGCGUGCCCAUGUUCCAGAACUAUUAUCCCGGGCUGGACUGGCGUGCCGGCCAGUUUGAGUUCUGGCUGCAAUCAAGUCUGGAAUAUUUUAGCUUGCUCGCCGCUUGCCUUCAAAAUGGCUGCAUGGAUUGUUAUCCCAUUAACUAUGUGCUCAUAUUGCGUGCCCAACUGGCCAACUUUAAGGAGAGACUGCGGAAUCUUGGCCAGGACACAGAUGAGACACCGGAGCAGCGCUACGAGAAGCUGGUCGAGUGCAUUCAGGACCACAAGGUUAUGCUACGCUGCUGCGAUACUCUGCGUCCCGUGAUCUCGGGCACAAUCUUUGUCCAGCUUCUGGUUGUGGGUCUCGUGCUGGGCUUCACUCUUAUCAAUAUUGUGCUUUUUGCCAACUUCGGGUCCCGCAUUGCGGCUCUCACUUUCUUGACAGCUGUGCUACUGGAGACAACGCCCUUUUGCAUACUCUGUAACUAUUUGGCGGACGACUGCCUAAAGCUGGCGGAUGCUCUGUUCGAGUCGAAUUGGAUCUACCAGGAUCAGCGCUACAAGAAAGCCUUGCUUCAGUUUCUGCAAAGGCUGCAGAAGCCAAUUGUUUUCAUGGCCGGCAACUUUUUCAGCAUUUCCGUGGCCACCAACCUGAACGCUACCAAAUUUUCAUUCUCUGUCUUUACGCUGAUCAAACAAAUGAAUAUAGCUGAGAAAUUCGCCAGACCAAGCGGAGUCGAAAAAAACUGA